AUGGCCCAGUUCACCCUCUACUCCCACGUCGGCGGCCCUAACGGCUGGACCGUCGCCUUCCUCCUCAAGGCGCUCGGCCUCUCCUACGAGACCAAGUUCCUCGACUUUGCCAAGGGCGAGCACAAGCAGGAGCCGUACACCAAGAUCAACCCGAACGGACGCAUUCCGGCGCUGGUAGACCACCAGAAUGGAGACUUCACUGUCUGGGAGUCGAAGGCUUGCUUGCUCUACCUCGUCUCGAAGUACGACUCGGAGAACAAGUUUGGCGUCGCCAACACGCCCGAAGAGCAGGCUACCCUUGCGCAGUGGCUCUUUUUCCAGGCGAGUGGCCAAGGUCCCUAUUUCGGCCAAGCCGCACACUUCAAGAUGUUCGCGCCGGAGAAGAUCCCGUACGGCAUCAAGCGUUACGCGGACGAGGUCAAGCGCGUGAUGGGCGUCCUCGAGUCGGUCCUUGCCGACGGACGCGAGUGGCUCAGCGCCGGCAAGUGCACCAUUGCCGACCUCUCGUUCAUCACCUGGAACAACUUCGCCAUCCACGCUCUCCUCCCCGAAGGCGUCGACGCGCAGAAGGAGUUCCCUCACGUCGUCCAGUGGCACAACCGCCUCAUCGCCCUUCCUUACGUCGCCGAGGCACUCAAGGAGCGCGAGGGACUCAUGGCCGGUCACUAG